AUGAAUAAGGCAAUACGAAUUCACGAAUUAUUUCGUUAUCUGAAGAAUUAUUUGAAAUUAUUUUUAUUUUCAGUCCAACUAUUGAAAACUUUAGAAUAUCUGCAUAGAUGUGGCAUAAUACACAGAGAUAUCAAACCUGAAAAUCUGUUAUUGACCUCUGAAAAUUUGGCUGUUUCCAACAUAAAAAUCGCUGAUUUCGGCUUAUCAUGUCUUUGUUCCCACACAACAAAGUUAACGCAGGCUUGUGGUACACUAGUUUAUGCCGCACCUGAAAUCAUUUCCAACCAAGGAUACGAUCACAAAGUCGAUAUUUGGUCUGUUGGGGUUAUUUUAUAUUUAAUGAUUUCGUCAAAAUUUCCAUUCCCAAUGUGUCAAAACUCACUGAACGAGCCCAUUGAUAAACUAAAAAAUAUAUUUAAAUUAAAAUUUGAGGAGCCUGAAUGGAAUAAUAUAAGCGGUUCUUGCAAAGAUUUCAUUUCAAAACUUUUGCAAUUCGAUGCAAAUGCUCGAUUUUCUUCAGAAGAAGCAUUAAAACACGUUUGGAUUAAGCAUCCUUGCGCUGUUUCAACUAACUAA